AUGACCAUUACUGCUGAUUUAAAUGUGAGGUUGGUGAAUGGUGGCAGUCGUUGUUCUGGUAGAGUUGAGGUUCUUCAUGAUGGUCAGUGGGGAACAGUGUGUGGUGAUUAUGGUUGGGAUCUGACAGAUGCUGCAGUGGUGUGUAGAGAGCUGGACUGUGAUGAGGCUGUAGAGGCUCUGCGUGAAGCUCACUUUGGAGAAGGAUCAGGACGGAUCUGGUUGGAUGGUGUGAACUGUAAUGGGUCAGAGUCAUCACUGAGGAACUGUAGAUCAAUUGGAUGGGGUGUUCAUAACUGUAAUCAUGAUGAAGAUGCAGGAGUCAUCUGCUCAGGUCACAAAGCUCCUAGACUUGUGAAUGGACCUCAUAUGUGCUCUGGAAGAGUGGAGCUGCUUCGUGGUAACACCUGGAUGUCAGUGUGUGAUGCUGUGUUUGAUGAUCAGGAUGCAGAGGUUGUGUGUAGAGAGCUGAAUUGUGGGGUUCCUGUACAGCUGCUGGGUGCAGAUACUUUUGGUAAAGGAGAGGAGCAGGUGUGGACACAAGAGAUUCAAUGUACCGGUGAAGAGUCUCAUAUAUCUCUCUGUCCAUCAUCACCUUCUUUUAACGACAACUGCACUCAUAAGAAUGAUUUUGGACUGAUAUGUUCUGGUUACUCAGUCCUCAGACUGAUGAACGGCUCUGAUAUCUGUUCUGGUCGAGUUGAGCGUCAGUAUUUCAGUAAAUGGGGCUCAGUGUGUGAUGAGUGCAUGAAUAUGAGAGCUGCCAAUGUUCUCUGUAGAGAGCUGAAUUGUGGGAUUGCUGUGUCUGUUGUGGGAGUGGACUGGUUUGGAGAGGGAUCUGGUGAAAUCUGGGCUGAUGUGUUUGAUUGUCAGGGGAAUGAAACAAAACUCUCAGAAUGUUCAAUCUCUUCAUGGAGUCGAGCUGAAUCCUCUCAUAAACAAGAUGUUGGAGUCAUUUGUUCUAAUUCCUCUCUGUCUCUUCAUGAUGGUCGAGUGAGGUUGUCUGGAGAGAGAGAGUGUGAGGGUGAGGUGGAAGUUUACAUUCAUCAGGUUUGGAGGAGAGUUCUGCUGGACUCCUGGAGUCUCACUGAAUCCUCUGUGGUCUGCAGACAGCUGGGCUGUGGCUCUGUGCUGAACUUCACUAACUCCUCUUCAUCCAGUGAUGAACACAGUUAUGAGUGUGUGAUGGGCUUCCAGUGCUCUGGGACUGAAGAUCAUCUGAGGAACUGCAGCUCUCCACAAACUCUCAACUGCAGCGCAACACAACAGCUGACAAUCACCUGCAACAGUCAGAAUUACAAUAUAUGUCAGCAGUCCAUCAGGUUGGUGGGUUCUGGUACAGAUUGUGCAGGAAGGCUGGAGGUUUUUCACAAAGGCUCAUGGGGUACAGUGUGUGAUGACUUCUGGGAUAUUAAAGAUGCUCAUGUGGUGUGCAGACAGCUGCAGUGUGGAGUGGCUCUCAGUAAUCAGCCAGUACCAGCCUGGUUUGGUCCUGGUUCUGGACCCAUAUGGCUGGAUGAUGUGAACUGUGAGGGGAAUGAGACGUCACUGUGGAGCUGCUCUUCACGGGUCUGGGGAGAUCAUGACUGUAAACACAAGGAGGAUGUAGGAGUCAUGUGCUCAGAGUUUAAAGAGCUCAGGUUAACUGAAGGCUGUGAAGGGAAUGUGGAGGUUUUCUACAAUGGAUCCUGGGGUAAUGUUUGCUGGAAUCAGAUGAACAGAAACACAGCGAGUCUGAUCUGUCAAGAGCUGAACUGUGGAAGAUCUGCCAGUGAAUUCAGUUCUUCAGAUGCACUGAGGUCUCAGAAUUGGUUGGAUUACUUUAAAUGUCGAUCACAUGACUCCACUUUAUGGCAGUGUCCAUCCUCAGCUUGGGGACAGAAUCACUGUAAUGAAGAUGAAGUGGCCAACUUUAUCUGCUCUGGUGAGAUGAAAUUUAAACUGUCUUGUGAGGUUUCUAAUUAUUAUGUACAAUGUUCAAAUCAUCUUCCUCUCAGACUGAGUGGAGGGAAGGGUUUGUGUUCGGGGAGACUGGAGGUUUAUCAUAACUCUGUGUGGGGUUCAGUCUGUGAUGAUCUGUGGGACAUCAGAGAUGCUCAGGUGGUCUGCAGGCAGCUGGGUUGUGGAGCAGCAUUGAGUGUUGAUGGGAAUGAAGCGUUUGGUGCUGGUGAAGGUGUUGUGUGGAUGAACAGAGUCGAGUGCAGAGGGACUGAGAUUCACCUGUGGGACUGUCCUCAUGUCCUGAAAAAUCACACUGAAUGCUCACACAAAGAACAAGUUAGACUCAUCUGUGCAGACUUGUCAGUGUCUACAACUCCUGCCACAACAACAACAACAUCAGCUUCUCCUUCAGUUUCUCAGACAAACAGGAGAUCAGUGACUCCUCCACAAACUCCUCCUCUCUUCAAUCCUCCAGUGGUUGUGAUUGUACUGGGAGUUUUGCUCUUACUGCUCUUAGUGCCGCUGCUGAUACUGAUUCAACACAACAGAGAGAUGAGGAGAGCUCUCUCUAAGAGGAGACACAGGACUCAGACUGAAGCAGUUUAUGAAGAGAUUGAUCACAGACACACAAACACACACAAACACUUCACUCAGAGAGAGGACAUACUAGAUGGUUAUGAUGAUGUCGUCAUUAUUGGACAGAGUUCUCGAGCUGUAACAGACAGAGUAAGGCUGGUGGGUGGCAGUAAUUCUUGUGCUGGUAGGGUGGAGAUUUAUUAUAAAGCAGAAUGGGCAACCAUGUGUUCUGAUUAUUGGGAUAUAACAGCCGCAUCAGUGUUGUGUAUGCAGUUGGGCUGUGACAGUAAUCCAGAUACAAUACGUGGUGCUUACUUUGGACCGGGAUCAGGAACAAUUUGGAAGGUUAACAUUGACUGUAGUGGAUCAGAAUCCACAGUACUGACAUGCAGCAGAAUGGCAAUUUAUGAUCCUAAUUGUAAUCACAAUGAAGAUAUUGGAGUUAUCUGCAGAGGACUUAAACUGGUUGGAGGUUCUCGCUGUUCUGGAAGAUUAGAGAUACCUCGAGAAAACACCUGGAUGUCAGUGUGUGAUGCUGUGUUUGAUGAUCAGGAUGCAGAGGUUGUGUGUAGAGAGAUGGGCUGUGGACCUCCUGUACAGCUGCUGGGUGCAGAUACUUUUGGUAAAGGAGAGGGGCAGGUGUGGACACAAGAGAUUCAAUGUAAAGGAGAUGAAUAUCAGUUUGAUCUUUGUCCAACAUCACCUUCAACAAUCAACUGCUCCCAUGAAAAUGAUGUUGGCAUUGUAUGUGCCGACACACUGAGAUUAGUAGGUGGUGGCAGUCGUUGUUCUGGUAGAGUUGAGGUUCUUCAUAAUGGUGAAUGGGGAACAGUGAGUGAUGAUAGUUGGGAUCUGAGAGAUGCUACAGUGGUGUGUAGAGAGCUGGACUGUGGAGAGGCUGUAGAUGCACCAACACAUGCCUAUUAUGGAGAAGGGAAAGGGCCAAUCUGGAUUUAUAAUGUACAGUGCACUGGACAAGAAUCUGACCUGAGACACUGUAGAACAGAUAGAUGGCGGAAACAGGAUGGUAAACAUGCUAAUGAUGCUGGAGUCAUCUGCUCGGCAAUCAGGCUGGUUGGAGGUUCUCGCUGUUCUGGGAGAGUUGAGAUGCAUCAAGGAAACACCUGGAUGUCAGUGUGUGAUGCUGCAUUUGACCAAAAAGAUGCAGAGGUUCUGUGUAGAGAGCUGAACUGUGGGGUUCCUGUACAGCUGCUGGGUGCAGAUACUUUUGGUAAAGGAGAGGGGCAGGUGUGGACACAAGAGAUUCAAUGUAGAGGAGAUGAAUCUCACAUUCGAUCAUGUUCAUAUUCUUCACGUAAAGUAACCUGCUCUCAUGACAAUGAUGUGGGACUCAUAUGUUCUGGUUACUCUGACCUCAGACUGGUGAACGGCUCUGAUAUCUGCUCUGGUCGAGUUGAGCGUCAGUAUUUCAGUAAAUGGGGCUCAGUGUGUGAUGAGUGCAUGAAUAUGAGAGCUGCCAAUGUUCUCUGUAGAGAGCUGAAUUGUGGGAUUGCUGUGUCUGUUGUGGGAGUGGACUGGUUUGGAGAGGGAUCUGGUGAAAUCUGGGAUGAUGUGUUUGAUUGUCAGGGGAAUGAAACAAAACUCUCAGAAUGUUCAAUCUCUUCAUGGAGUCGAGCUGAAUCCUCUCAUAAACAAGAUGUUGGAGUCAUUUGUUCUAAUUCCUCUCUGUCUCUUCAUGAUGGUCGAGUGAGGUUGUCUGGAGAGAGAGAGUGUGAGGGUGAGGUGGAAGUUUACAUUCAUCAGGUUUGGAGGAGAGUUCUGCUGGACUCCUGGAGUCUCACUGAAUCCUCUGUGGUCUGCAGACAGCUGGGCUGUGGCUCUGUGCUGAACUUCACUAACUCCUCUUCAUCCAGUGAUGAACACAGUUAUGAGUGUGUGAUGGGCUUCCAGUGCUCUGGGACUGAAGAUCAUCUGAGGAACUGCAGCUCUCCACAAACUCUCAACUGCAGCGCAACACAACAGCUGACAAUCACCUGCAACAGUCAGAAUUACAAUAUAUGUCAGCAGUCCAUCAGGUUGGUGGGUUCUGGUGGAGAUUGUGCAGGAAGGCUGGAGGUUUUUCACAAAGGCUCAUGGGGUACAGUGUGUGAUGACUUCUGGGAUAUUAAAGAUGCUCAUGUGGUGUGCAGACAGCUGCAGUGUGGAGUGGCUCUCAGUAAUCAGCCAGUACCAGCCUGGUUUGGUCCUGGUUCUGGACCCAUAUGGCUGGAUGAUGUGAACUGUGAGGGGAAUGAGACGUCACUGUGGAGCUGCUCUUCACGGGUCUGGGGAGAUCAUGACUGUAAACACAAGGAAGAUGUAGGAGUCGUGUGCUCAGAUCAUCUUCCUCUCAGACUGAGUGGAGGGAAGGGUUUGUGUUCGGGGAGACUGGAGGUUUAUCAUAACUCUGUGUGGGGUUCAGUCUGUGAUGAUUUGUGGGACAUCAGAGAUGCUCAGGUGGUCUGCAGGCAGCUGGGUUGUGGAGAAGCAUUGAGUGUUGAUGGGAAUGAAGCGUUUGGUGCUGGUGAAGGUGUUGUGUGGAUGAACAGAGUCGAGUGCAGAGGGACUGAGAUUCACCUGUGGGACUGUCCUCAUGUCCUGAAAAAUCACACUGACUGCUCACACAAAGAACAAGUUAGACUCAUCUAUUUGAAUGUGAGGUUAGUGAAUGGUGGCAGUCGUUGUUCUGGUAGAGUUGAGGUUCUUCAUGAUGGUGAAUGGGGAACAGUGUGUGAUUAUGGUUGGGAUCUGAGAGAUGCCGCAGUGGUGUGUAGAGAGGUGAACUGUGGAGAGGCUGUAGAGGUGUUACAUGGAGCUCACUUUGGACAAGGAUCUGGAGAGGUCUGGAUAGAUGAAGUGCGCUGUAGUGGAUCAGAGUCCUCACUGAAGAACUGUGAAUCAAAUGGAUGGGGUGUUGUUGGCUGUCGUCAUUAUGAAGAUGCAGGAGUCAUCUGCUCAGAUCACAAAGCUCCUAGACUUGUUAAUGGACCUCAUCUGUGUUCUGGAAGAGUCGAGGUGAUAAAUGGGAACACUUGGAUGUCAGUGUGUGAUGCUGUGUUUGAUGAUCAGGAUGCAGAGGUUGUGUGUAGAGAGCUGAACUGUGGGGUUCCUGUACAGCUGCUGGGUGCAGAUACUUUUGGUAAAGGAGAGGAGCAGGUGUGGACACAAGAGAUUCAAUGUAGAGGAGAUGAAUCUCAAAUAUACUUCUGUCCACAACAAUCUUCAAACAAGAACAACUGUUCACAUGACAAUGAUGUGGGAUUGAUUUGCUCUGGUUACACAGCACUGAGACUGGUGAACGGCUCUGAUAUCUGCUCUGGUCGAGUUGAGCGUCAGUAUUUCAGUAAAUGGGGCUCAGUGUGUGAUGAGUGCAUGAAUAUGAGAGCUGCCAAUGUUCUCUGUAGAGAGCUGAAUUGUGGGAUUGCUGUGUCUGUUGUGGGAGUGGACUGGUUUGGAGAGGGAUCUGGUGAAAUCUGGGCUGAUGUGUUUGAUUGUCAGGGGAAUGAAACAAAACUCUCAGAAUGUUCAAUCUCUUCAUGGAGUCGAGCUGAAUCCUCUCAUAAACAAGAUGUUGGAGUCAUUUGUUCUAAUUCCUCUCUGUCUCUUCAUGAUGGUCGAGUGAGGUUGUCUGGAGAGAGAGUGUGUGAGGGUGAGGUGGAAGUUUACAUUCAUCAGGUUUGGAGGAGAGUUCUGCUGGACUCCUGGAGUCUCACUGAAUCCUCUGUGGUCUGCAGACAGCUGGGCUGUGGCUCUGUGCUGAACUUCACUAACUCCUCUUCAUCCAGUGAUGAACACAGUUAUGAGUGUGUGAUGGGCUUCCAGUGCUCUGGGACUGAAGAUCAUCUGAGGAACUGCAGAUCUCCACAAACUCUCAACUGCAGCGCAACACAACAGCUGUCAAUCACCUGCCACAGUCAGCGGUCCAUCAGGUUGGUGGGUUCAGGUGGAGAUUGUGCAGGAAGGCUGGAGGUUUUUCACAAAGGCUCAUGGGGUACAGUGUGUGAUGACUUCUGGGAUAUUAAAGAUGCUCAUGUGGUGUGCAGACAGCUGCAGUGUGGAGUAGCUCUCAGUAAUCAGCCAGUACCAGCCUGGUUUGGUCCUGGUUUUGGACCCAUAUGGCUGGAUGAUGUCAACUGUGAGGGGAAUGAGACGUCACUGUGGAGCUGCUCUUCACGGGUCUGGGGAGAUCAUGACUGUAAACACAAGGAGGAUGUAGGAGUCGUGUGCUCAGAUUUUAAAGAGCUCAGGUUAACUGAAGGCUGUGAAGGGAAUGUGGAGGUUUUCUACAAUGGAUCCUGGGGUAAUGUUUGCUACAAUCAGAUGGACAGAGACACAGCGAGUCUGAUCUGUCAAGAGCUGAACUGUGGAAGAUCUGCCAAUGAACCCAAUUAUUCAGAUGGACUGAGGUCUCAGAAUUGGAUGGAUUACUUUAAAUGUCGACCACAUGACUUCACUUUGUGGCAGUGUCCAUCUAAACCCUUUGGACAGAAUCACUGUAAUGAAGAUGAAGUGGCCAAAUUUAAUUGCACUGAUCAUCUUCCUCUCAGACUGAGUGGAGGGAAGGGUUUGUGUUCGGGGAGACUGGAGGUUUAUCAUAACUCUGUGUGGGGUUCAGUCUGUGAUGAUUUGUGGGACAUCAGAGAUGCUCAGGUGGUCUGCAGGCAGCUGGGUUGUGGAGAAGCAUUGAGUGUUGAUGGGAAUGAAGCGUUUGGUGCUGGUGAAGGUGUUGUGUGGAUGAACAGAGUCGAGUGCAGAGGGACUGAGAUUCACCUGUGGGACUGUCCUCAUGUCCUGAAAAAUCACACUGACUGCUCACACAAAGAACAAGUUAGAGUCAUCUGUGCAGACUCGUCAGUGUCUACAACUCCUGCCACAACAACAACAACAACAACAUCAGCUUCUCCUUCAGUGACAAACAGGAGAUCAGUGACUCCUCCACAAACUCCUCCUCUCUUCAAUCCUCCAGUGGUUGUGAUUGUACUGGGAGUUUUGCUCUUACUGCUCUUAGUGCCGCUGCUGAUACUGAUUCAACACAACAGAGAGAUGAGGAGAGCUCUCUCUAAGAGGAGACACAGGACUCAGACUGAAGCAGUUUAUGAAGAGAUUGAUCACAGACACACAAACACACACAAACACUUCACUCAGAGAGUGGACUACAAUUAUGAUGAUGUCAUCAUUACUGGACACAGUAUUCAAGAUGUAACGGAGGACUUUAAUGAGGAGUAUGAUGAUGUGAAGAAUAUCAGUGUAGAUGUGAGAAACCUGCUGGAUAGGUUAUUGUAA